AUGAGAAACUUGGUGACUCUAAAUAGAGGACAUAUAGUUCCCGAAUCAUUGACAUUUCCGGAUUUGCAUAUUGUUGAUUCCUCUUUUGAUGUUGUGACUGAUAGUAUCUCUUUUGCAUUAAGCUCGGAAGAAUCAGAUAUACUUGAGGUACAGAGGUUUAGCAAGAAUGGUGAAGUUUCGCUAUUGGCAUCUUUCCCCAUUGAAAAAUGUGAGCUAGUAUCAUUCACGCAUUUUGCUGACAGCUGUCAAUUGAUAUUUGUUUUUGGAAAUGGAGAUAUUGUACUUGCAUCGUACGAUUCUGUACAACCUGAUCCUGAUACUACGAUUGUUGAAAUAGUGGGCUCGAUUGACAAUGGGUUAUUGACUGCAAAAUGGUCUCCAGAUGAAGAAAUUUUGGCUUUGCUAACUUCUGAUCUUAAGCUAGUUUUAAUUUCAAGAAUGUUCGAACCCAUUACUGAAAAAGUGUUGAACCCAGAUGACAUCAAGAUCAGCGAUUCAAAGCACGUUUCGGUUGGAUGGGGUAAAAAGGAAACGCAAUUUAAGGGUAGAGGUGCUAAGGCAAUUGAAAGAGAAAAAGAAGCAUUGAAACAUGCUGGCUUAGAGGUCAAAGAAGGAAUGCCAUUGAGGGACCCAACUGUAGCAGAAAUAGAGAGAGGCACGUUAUCUAGUUUCGACUUGAAAGGUGCAAAAAUUAGUUGGAGAGGAGAUUGCGAGUACUUUUCUGUAUCUACGAUUGAAAAAGUCUUGGAAGAGGACACACAAACAAGCUAUGACAGACGGGUUAUAAGGGUUUUUAACAGAGAAGGAAAUUUGGACAGUGUCAACGAAGCUGUGGAUGGUCUUGAGCACAACUUAAGCUGGAAGCCUCAAGGUUCCUUGAUUGCUUCCACCCAAAGAUCGAUUGAUGAUGAAGGUGAUGAGGUUCUCGACUUGAUCUUUUACGAGAGAAAUGGAUUGAGACAUGGGCAGUUCAAUACUCGAUUAGACCCCACUAGUGCAAUAAUAUAUGAUCUAGCUUGGUCUUCCGAUAGUGAAAUUUUGGCAUUUCAGUUGCAUGAUAAAGUACAGCUCUGGACUUCAAAAAAUUAUCAUUGGUACUUAAAGCAAGAAAUUAACCUAAAAAACCAGAUAAAGUUUAUGAAAUUCCAUCCAGAGAAGCCAUUAACAUUGAUGAUAGGGACUAAGAGCAGUGGUAUUUAUAUUAUAGAUUUGGCUUAUAAAACUGCAACGGGACCAACUGCGAUCGGCUAUGAUUAUGGCAUGACUUUGGUCGUUGAUGGAUCAACCUGUAAUAUCACCCCAUUAUCAAUAGCCAAUGUCCCUCCACCUAUAGCAUACAGGGAAUUAGAUAUAGCUUCGAAUAUCCUUGACUUGGCUGUCAAUAAGUCGAAUGAAUUAUAUGCCAUUCUCACAGCUGAUGAUGAAAUUGAAUUGGCUAGCUUGAGCUUGGAUGACAUGAAGAAUGGAAAGAGCCCUCAAAUUUUUGGCCAAAUCAAGAGCAAUAUAAUUUUAAACAACUCUGAAUAUUGCAAACAAAUAGCCUUUUUUGCGGAUGAUAUUGUGGCGUUUAUCGUUGAUGGUGACACAUAUUCUAAGGUAAUGUUUUAUAAAGUGAGUACAGAACCUUAUCAUAUGGAUUCGAUGUUGAUGACUCCAAAAGUUACCAAAAUAAAACCUAGCCAAGAUUACGAGCUGUUAGGUUUAGAAACUAUGGAUGGUUCAAUCUACGUUAUAGAUAAAGAUUUAGAGAAGCAAUUAACUUUCAAAUUCCCUCAGAUAUGUUAUGAUUUUGAAGUUAUGAAGUCCUUUAAAGAUAGUUCUUGGAUUGUCUUUGGAUUGUCUUUGAAUGGAAAGCUUUUUUCUAAUGGUGAACAAAUCGCAACAGGCGUCACUUCUCUAAAGGCUACUGAAUCGCAUUUGUUGUUUACCAACGUACAUUCCCAACUUUGCUUCAUCCACUUGAACUCAAGCCAGGAUCUAGAAUACUCUAUAUACCAGAAUAACGCAACUGGAGAAGGGUUAGAUGAGAGAAUAAGACAGAUUGAAAGAGGUUCUAUUAUUAUCAAUUGUAUGCCCUCUAAGUAUUCAGUUGUCUUACAAGCCCCUAGAGGGAACUUGGAAACGAUUUUCCCGAGAAUAAUGGUCCUCAAUGCUGUACGAAAAUUUAUCAGAAACAAAAAUUAUAAGGACGCCUUUUUCACCUGUAGGACUCAUAGGAUUGACUUGGAUAUUUUGCAUGAUUAUGACCCAGAACUUUUCUUUAAUAAUCUUGAGCUUUUUGUCAAUCAAAUUCGAGAAGUUGAUCAUCUAGACUUAUUUCUUUCUUGUCUUCAUGACGAGGAUGUCGUUAAAAGUAAAUAUAAGGACACGCUCACUGAUUCCUUGGCGAAAGAUGUGGAAGGCAUCGAUUUAACAGAGAGACAACAAGCUAUACCAACAGAGCAUGAAAAUACCAAUAAGCGGUUUGUCAAGAACAAAGAACUCAUCGCACCAAGCUCUAAGAUCAAUAAGAUCUGCAAUGGUAUUUUGUCAAUAUUAUUAAAACCGCAGUAUUUCAAAACGUAUUUGCAGACCAUAAUCACAGCGUAUGCUUGCGAAAAGCCUCCUAAUUUAGAGGAAGCUUUGAAACUAGUGGGGUCUUUUGAUGACGAUGCACAGACUGAGCUGGCGGUGACACGUCUUUGCUUCUUACAAGAUGUAAAUAAGGUUUACAAUACGGCAUUAGGAUUAUAUGACGUCAAAUUAGCCUUAAGCAUUGCACAACAAUCUCAGAAAGAUCCAAAAGAAUAUUUACCCUUUUUACAGAAUCUACAUGUUCAAGAACCCUUGCGAAAGAAAUUUCUUAUUGACGAUUAUUUAAAGAACUAUGAGCAAGCUAUGAGAUGGCUUUUCGAAAUGGGAAAAGGCUCCCACAAAGAGUUUGACCAAUAUAUGGAAGAACAUGCUUUAUAUAAGGAGGGUCUUUCCUUAUAUAGAUAUGAUGAGGAACGGUUCAAUGAGAUUCUACUUUCUUUUGCUAGCCAUUUGCAUAAUACCAAAGAAUACGCAGACUCGGCCUUAGCAUAUGAAUUCUUGAACGAAAGCAGAUAUGCGAUGGAGAAUUACAUUCUAGCAAAAAGAUGGAGAGAAGCACUUUCACUUGCAUCAGAAUCAAAAGAAUUGGUCAAAGCUGCUGAAGAUUUAGUUUCUUCCUUGACCGCCGACCAUAGGUAUGUGGAGGCGGCCGAGAUUCAAAGUUAUAUUCUUAAAGAUGUUAGGGAAGCUGUAGGGUUAUAUUGUAAGGAAUAUCACUAUGAUGAUGCAAUAUUGUUGGCCAGACGUGAAAACCAGACUGAGCUUAUAGAAAGUGUGGUUGACGAGCUGUUAGGUGAAGGAUUUGGAACAAUUGCUGAGCUUUUAGCUGAUUGUAGUGGUCAACUUAAAUCGCAAUUAAAUAGAUUAAGGGAACUCAGGUCGAAGAAGUUAGAUGAUCCAAAUCUUUUCUAUGGAGGAAUUGACGAUUCUGAUGCACCGGAUAAUGUUUCAAUUGCACCUUCGGAGACAUCUACUGCUCCUUCUUUCUUCACUAGGUAUACCGGAAAGACAGCAGGGACUGCAAAAACUGGUGCUUCACGUCGAACUUCGAAAAACCGUAAGAGAGAAGAACGAAAGAAGGCUAAAGGUAGAAAAGGAACCAUUUAUGAAGAAGAAUAUCUUGUCAAGUCCGUAGGAAGGCUCAUUGAGAGAUUAGAUCAAACUCAACCAGAUGCAGUGAGAUUGAUAGAGGGUCUUUUAAGAAGAAAUAAAAAGGAACAAGCAUACCAAUUACAAAAGAAUUGGGUGGUUCUCUUGCAAGAACUUCGAGCAAAUAUCGAUGAAAUAUACAAUAUUAGUGAAAAAGACAGAGAAAGAUAUGACGAUAACGGAGAAAUCUAUCAUAUAGAGGAAAUACCAACUCCAAAAAUUAAAGACUUCCCGAUCAAAGGUAUCUUGGAUUAUUAG